ACUUUCAGUUUUAAGGAGGCAGAGCUGCAUCGUGGAUGACUGAGGCACUCGAGAGCUCCCAAUACUACAACCCGAGCCAUGCAGUUCAAUUUGCUUUUCCUCGUUCUUGUACUAACCAGCUCCUAUGUCAUUAUGGCACAAGGUUCCUAUGAAGACUGCUGUCUGAGGUAUGCAGUGGGACUCAGGAAGGGGCUACGAAGGAUGGUGGCCCAGUACAGACGGCAGGAGAUGGAUGGAGGCUGCAACAUCCAAGCUAUAGUGUUUACCAUGAAGAGGGGCUCCGUUAUCUGUGCAGACCCAAAAGUAAAGUGGGUCAUGGACCUGAUGCAGAAGAUGGACAAUAAACACCACAAAAAGCGCCAUCAGCAAGUACCGAAGAGGGGCUGAAGGGUGGUGUGUUCUUCAGUAACCCCAUUCAUUCCUCCACCCUCUGCCAACAUCUCAUUGUAAAUUGACAAGAUGUUUUACGAUGUUUUAUGUUUUACGAUGUUUUAUGGUGCCUUGCAGGGUAGCAUAUCAAGAAGCAUCUCAGAAAUAUCUCUCAGCCUUACUUUUGUUUUCGCUUAUGCGUCAACAGCUGAAAGCAUCAUUUACAUUCUCUAUGUAGGAUGUAGGGGCAUUCAGUGCCAGACCUGCUUCAAUGAACAUCUCUGGAAAAAAUGUAUGAGCAGCUCCAUGCUUCGUCUUAAUUUCAUUUCCAGUACGUCAACCUGACUAAGACCAAUCCGCAAAUUCCCCUUGUUUGGUCAUUGGUGAUACCGUGUGUAAGUAUAAUAAGAUCUUAUAAAAAUAAGAUUUUAUAAGAUAAUAGUUUGUAAGCAUAACGUUUAAAGAAAGUUACUGGAGUGUGUUCUGCUUUCUUGUAUGCAGAUUCAAAAUGUGUUUCAUAUCUAAUAUAGUUGUGGUUGAUGCAAACAAAACCUUGCUUGUCAGUUAACAGAAAUUAUCUAAUGUCAGUGGCUUUCCGAGAGUGUGGGAUAUGGCAAAAGAGAAUCUUAAGCUUUCAUCUAAAAUAUAUAUCUUUUUCCGUAUUUCUUAAGUAUAUGUUUUAAAAUACGUUAGAUAUUUUUUGCCGCAAAGAAAUCAAGAGUGAAUUUGCUUAGCCCUUCUCCUAUGUAAAAGCCUCAUUGGACUCUCCAGUGUUGUGAUGUUUUCUUUCUUUAUUAUUCUAAAAUGUGGUUUAUAGCACUUUUCUCAAGAUGAUACUGUGUGUAACAUUCUGGCCUGAUGCUUAGUAUGAAUGACUAGAAAAUGUCAGGGACUGCUGACUGUUUCUGACUGAAAUAAACUCCUAGUGGCUUCCCAUUA